GCUUCAAAAUGGAUUCCAAUAAGCAUUUCCUUAUAUUCUACUCCCUUUUUCAAGUUUCAAUUUUCAAACCUGAAACUCAUCUCUUGGGAUUUUGGGAGAAACUAAAAUGAUCAUCCAGGGAGAUGAAAGAACUUUCAUAACAACCAAGGAACAAGCAAGUGAAAAUGAAGAUCCUGAAGAGUGGUUAAAGCUGAAUCUGAGCUUAGGAGGCUCAACUUCUCCAGUCUCUGCAGCAGGAGACCCAGAUUCUCAAUCAUCAAGAGCAGCAGCUACUAAAGUUUUCUCCUGCAACUUCUGCAUGAGGAAGUUCUUUAGUUCACAAGCAUUAGGGGGUCAUCAGAACGCACACAAAAGGGAAAGAGGAGCAGUAAGAAGAUACCAGUCUCAGAAGUUGAUGAUGACGAUGAGAUCUUCCAUCAACUCACCAUUUCAUCGAACGCUUGGUGUGCAGCCCCAUUCACUUGUACACAAGACUUCAUCAAGCCGGGGUGGAACUCCAAUAAUGGCAUCGAGCUUUCAAGAACUUGCAAUGGCAUGGGCCUCACCUUUCAUGGGGGAGGAUCAAAAGGAUCUGGUGUGGCCAGGAAGCUUUCGCAUGGAUCCACCAGAGCAAGCCGAGGCGCCACAAGAAUCGCUCAAGCUUGAUUUAGACCUGAGACUCUGAGUUUUUCAGGCUGAAAAGGUUGGCUCGUGAAUUUAAGCUCGAAAGCUGAAACAAACACAAGCAGGAGACCCAUGACGAGGAAGAAAUAUGAUGGUUCUACGUAGGUGAUGCUAUGACAUUAAUACAGACUUUGUACUGGCUUUUUUUUUUUUUUUUGACCAAAACUUUGUACUUAUUAUUCACCUUAUAACUCCAAACUUGAAAAUCCAAUUUUCUCUAAUUCAGCCAACACCACAU